UAAUGGUAUACGUGAAAUGUAUUGUGACUACUGUGAGAGAUGCAGACGUUCAGGAGGCUCUGUCAUGUCAUAAAGUGCUACUGAAUUAUCAAGAAGCGGUACAAUGAAGUGAGACACUUGUGUUUUACAACACUUAACAUGAAUCUGAAAUAAAUCUACCUAUAUUUUCAUGUAAUACAAUUUCUAUACCACUGUCAACAGCAUAUGAAUAUUUUUUUAAACUAAAU